GAUGCUUUAGUUGGUAUUCCACACUCGACCUAGAAGUUAAACCAACUUAGCUGGGCAUCGAUCAAAUUCAAUUGACCAUUGAAUUUUGAUACGAUCGGUCGCGUCGUCUUCUUAGCCAUUCCGCCAAGGAUUACGCACGAAAAGGAUUACCUAACGAAAUCGGGAUUAAUAAAUCAGCAAACCUCCAGUUUGAGUCUAUAGCAGCUGUCCAAAAGUGUACACCAUGAGAAGUGCACUCUACGUCUUGGCGCUCUGCGCUGUGGCGGUGGCCACCACAACGGCCGACACGCAUGUGCGCAAGGUCCGUGCCGCCGACGGGUACUUCUACCCCACGCCGAAGGUGCCGUUCGAUCUUCCCCCUCGCACCACUGAGGCUCCCUACACCCGUCCGCCCACGACGAGGCCUCCGGUGACCCGUCCUCCAACGACGAGGCCUCCGGUGACGCGCGUGCCAGCCACGUACUUGCCUCCUACCAAUAAGCCAGCACCACCGGCCACUACCAGAGUGCCUCCACCACCACCACCGCCAAGGACUCCACCCCCAACAAGGCCACCAACUCGUCCCCCAACCCCUCCACCAACCAGGCCAGCGACUCGUCCACCAGCAACUUAUCUGCCACCCACAAACAAGCCUGCCCCACCGGCAACCACUCGUGUGCCUCCUCCUCCACCACCGCCAAGGACUCCACCCCCAACAAGGCCACCAACUCGUCCCCCAACCCCUCCACCAACCAGGCCAGCGACUCGUCCACCAGCAACUUAUCUGCCACCUACAAACAAGCCUGCCCCACCGGCAACCACUCGUGUGCCUCCUCCUCCACCACCGCCAAGGACACCACCUCCAACAAGGCCACCAACUCGUCCUCCAACGCCUCCCCCAACCAGGCCAGCGACUCGUCCUCCAGCAACUUAUCUGCCACCCACAAACAAGCCUGCCCCACCGGCAACCACUCGUGUGCCUCCUCCUCCACCACCGCCAAGGACUCCACCACCAACAAGGCCACCAACUCGUCCUCCAACCCCUCCCCCAACCAGGCCAGCGACUCGUCCUCCAGCAACUUAUCUGCCACCCACAAACAAGCCAGCACCACCAGCAACCACUCGUGUGCCUCCACCACCUCCUCCGCCAAGGACACCACCUCCAACCAGGCCAGCGACUCGUCCUCCAACUGCACCACCAACACGUGCGUCCACUCCAGCACCAACCUACUUGCCACCCACCAACAAGCCAGCACCUCCAGCAACCACACGACCACCAGUGCGCACCACUCAGCCUCCUACCAGGCCCCCAACUCGCCCACCCACACCGCCUCCAACACGCCCACCAACACCACCACCAACAAGGCCUCCAACUCGCCCACCAACUCCACCUCCAACAUAUCUGCCACCCACUGCUCCCCCAACCACCCGCAGACCUCCACCACCACCCACCAGGCCAGCAACCAAACCCCCAACUAGGGCUACAACUCGAGCAACUACUCCUGCGCCCACUUACUUGCCACCCACAAACAAGCCAGCACCACCAGCUACCACCCGUCCUCCAGUACGCACCACUCAGCCUCCUACCAGGCCACCAACCCGCCCACCCACUCGUCCACCGACUCCUCCACCAACAUACCUCCCACCCACUCCACCACCAACCAGGCCACCAACUCGUCCCCCAACUCCACCACCAACACGGCCACCCACUCCUCCACCAACUAGGCCUCCAACAAGGCCACCUACUCCUCCCCCAACCCGCCAAUCCACUCCUGCACCAACGUACUUGCCCCCCACGAACAAGCCUGCACCACCAGCAACCACCCGUCCUCCAGUACGCACCACUCAGCCUCCUACCAGGCCGCCAACCCGUCCCCCAACCAGGCCACCAACUCGGCCACCCACUCCCCCACCCACAUACCUCCCUCCCACUCCACCACCAACCAGGCCACCCACUCGCCCCCCAACUCCAGUGACCAGACGUACACCACCACCAACUCUGCCCCCGACUCGUCCUCCGACUCGUCCUCCAACCAAGCCCCCAACCAGGGCCACAACUCCCGCACCUACGUACCUGCCACCCACGAACAAGCCAGCACCACCAGCUACUACUCGUCGUACUCCACCCCCCACAGUACGCACUCCACCCCCAACUGUGCGCACUCCACCACCGACUAUCCGCACUCCACCUCCAACGAGGGCUACUAUCCCACCCACAAGACGCCCAUCCAGCACCCCAGCACCUACGUACUUGCCCCCCACAAACAAGCCUGCACCACCAGCAACCACCCGUCCUCCAGUACGCACCACUCAGCCUCCUACCAGGCCACCAACUCGCCCACCCACUCGCCCACCCACUCGUCCACCCACUCCUCCACCAACAUACCUCCCUCCCACUCCACCACCAACCAGGCCACCAACUCGGCCCCCAACUCCACCACCAACUCGUCCCCCGACUCGUCCACCCACUCCUCCCCCAACUCGCCCACCCACCCCACCACCUACUCGUCCUCCAACUAGGCCCCCGACUCGCGCCACUACUCCUGCACCAACCUACCUGCCACCCACAAACAAGCCUGCACCACCAGCAACCACACGUCCCCCAGUACGCACCACCCAGCCACCAACUAGGCCCCCAACUCGUCCACCCACUCGUCCACCCACUCGCCCACCUACUCCCCCACCAACGUACCUGCCCCCCACUCCUCCACCAACCAGGCCACCAACUCGUCCACCAACUCCUCCCCCAACCCGUCCACCCACUCGGCCACCUACCCCUCCCCCAACCCGUCCACCCACUCGCCCGCCCACCACAUACCUGCCGCCCGUCACCACCCGCGUGACCCGUCCACCCACGCCACCACCCACCCGCAAGACCACCAUCUACAUCCCACCCCCGACAAGAGCUAGUGUGCCCCCACAGACGACCAAGCACCAGGGCUACCAGUACCCGAAGCCCAACAUCCCCUUCGACUUCUAGAUCUCGAAGGAGAUCUAAGAGGUCAGAGAGCGUCUCUGGCAGCGCAAUAGCUACUAUAUGUCUAGGGCUAGAUAUUGUAGAUCUAGUCAAUACAGUGUAACGAUACUUCAACGCUUCGGGGGUGCUAGUGCUUGUGAGUGCUAGGAACCACUCGAGGCGCCAGCAAGGACGAAAAUUGUUUGUUUUUUUUUUGUAUUCGUAUUUUUGUAAUUAAUGAAUCGCAUACUCAUACAACUGGGGAUCAUUGUUUCUAUACGGUGUCCCUAUGUUGUACGGCUAAAAGUCUAUCCAACUCUUGCUAUGUUCUACCAACGCUAUCGAUCGACGUGUGUCUGUCUGUUGCCUAUAACAGACAAGCACACAAGCUCAAGACUAUAUAGCUCUAUAUUACGAUUAAAUAAACCUUUAUUCGGAUUGCUGAAAACCUGAACAAUAAAAUAAGAUUUUCGAAUA